AUAUUUAGUCCUAACUAACAUCUUUCCUUAUCGCCCCUCUUUUCCUCUCUCACUGUCUCGCUCUCACAGUCUCCCUCAAUCACUUAGCUGAGUCAAUCUCUGUCUCGGAAGGAAGAAGGAAGAAGAAGAAGAAGCAGACAUGGGGAUGACGAUGGGAAUGGGGCUGAACCUGCUGCUGCUGAUGGCAAUGGUGGCCACCAACAUCCUCUCCCUCUACCACCUCUCCUCCACCGUCAUCCAUUCCCCCAAGGCCCCCACCCCUCAGCCCGUCCCCGACCACCUCCUCCACCAGCUCCACACCAUCCGCUCCACCAUCAACCACCUCACCCGCCUCCAGCACUCCUCCGACUCCUCUUCCUCGUCCGCCGCCGCCGCCGCCGCUGCCGCCCCGGAUCUCCUCCUCCACGCCCAGCUCUCCCCGAUCGCCUCCUCCUGCCACAACCACCCCGACCUCCUCCACCAGUACAUGAACUACACCCCCUUCUCCCUCUGCCCCUACGACCCCGACCUCUCCGAGACACUCAUCCUCCGCGGCUGCCACCCCCUCCCCCGCCGCCGCUGCUUCUCCCGCACUCCCCCCAAGCCCUCCUCUUCCCUCCCCCUCCACCCCUUCCCUUCCUCCCUCCCCGACUCCAACGUCAUCUGGUCCAAGUACUCCUGCAAGAGCUUCUCCUGCCUCAACCACUAUAACCCCGCCCUCGGCUUCGACCCCUCCGGCCACGACUCCUUCCGCUUCUCCUCCUACUCCUCCGAGCUCGACCUCCCCGUCCCCCAGCUCCUCCAGAUCGCCAAAUCCUCCGGCUCCCCCCUCAGGCUCGGCAUCGACAUCGGCGGCGGCACCGGCUCCUUCGCUGCCGCGAUGAAGUCCCACAACGUCACCGUCCUCACCACCACCAUGAACCUCGGCGCCCCCUACAGUGAGGCCGCCGCACUCCGCGGCCUCAUCCCCCUCCACGCCCCUCUCCAGCAGCGGCUGCCCGUCUUCGAUGGGGUCGCCGAUCUGGUCCGAUGCAGCCGCGCUGUGAACCGGUGGAUCCCCGACACCGUCCUCGAGUUCCUCCUCUUCGACGUGGACAGGGUCCUGAGGGGUGGCGGGUACCUGUGGCUGGACCAUUUCUUCAGCAAGGGUCCCGAUCUCGAGAAGAAGUACAAGCCCCUGAUCGGGAAGCUCGGGUACAAGAAGGUGAAGUGGGCCGUGGCGAACAAGACGGACUCGAGCGGGAUCAAGAAUGGGGAAGUCUUCUUAACUGCCCUCUUGCAGAAGCCCGUGUCCAAGUGAUGGGUUGACAGUUGGUGGUAACGAUGAUUCUAGGACCAAAUCGAACAGGACAUUGAGAUAUUGCAUGAGAUCCGUGAAUUUUUUACGUUGGAGACGGGGAACUUACAUUGAAGACUGUAGACCUGUAGAAGAUGAUUCUCCAUCCCGAACAACAAAGUCAUUCUCGUAGUAUAUGUGAAGCUACCAAAGGGCAAUACGAUCAAUCUAAGCAGGUCCAAGUAGAGUCGAAGAAUGUCUCUAGUGUCGGCGAAGCCUCGAGGAGAUUGAUGACUGUUGUUUGUUCCAAAAUUGUUUGUCAGAUUUACUUUGCCUAAUCUUUAGCAGUGAGUAUGUGAUAGGUGAAUUAUUUUACCAUGUAUCUAUCGAGCAAAUCAAUUUCAAAAGCAUCUUUUGGGCAUCAAA